GAGCUAUUCUGCCCUUCCUCCAAGGAGCUCAGGAUAGCAUACCUGUUCUUCCCUCUGUCAUUUUGUCCUCGCAACAACCUUGUGAGGUGUCAUGGAUGAACUAGCUGAAGAUGAUAUUGAUAUUUUGAAUCAUGAAAAAGCGGACACUCAUCAUAAGAGAGAUGGCGAAAUUCCUAUUCCAAUGUAUACAGGAGAAGAAUCUGUUGCUUCACAUUUUGCUCUUGUCACUGCUUAUGAAGAUAUAAAAAAACGACUGAAGGAGACAGAAAGAGACAAUUCUUUGCUAAAGAAAAGAGUAAAAUGGCUAGAAGAAAAGCUUCUUGGCUCCCGUGUGGAAGAAACCACAAGCUCUGUAGGCCCUGAGCAGGUUAACAAAGCCUACGAAGCAUACCGAGAGGCUUGUAUUGAACGAGAUAAUCUGAAAAGUAAACUUGAUAAGAUGAUGAAAGAGAGCACAGAAUCAUUGAAACUCAUGAAUGAGCAGUUGCAGUCUAAAGAAGUGGAGCUCCUACAGCUGAAAACUGAAGUGGAAACGCAACAAGUGAUGAAGAGUCUGACUUGUAAUCCAUCCAGCUGGGAAAUAGACAAGCUGAAUAAUGCUCUUAAGGUGCACAGUUUGGAGACAGAUUUAGAGAAACUGAGAGAAGAAUGUAAUGAUCUUAGAAAAGAAUUAAAAAAAUCUAUAUGGAAGGCUCAUUCUCACGAAGGAACUUUACUAAAUGGAGAAUUUUUGCAACCCGAGAACAUUCAUAGUGAAAGCCUUCAGCAAGCAUACUGGGAACUGAAGAGGGAGAUGUCUAAUCUACAUCUGGUGACAGAAGUGCAAGCCGAAGUGCUGAGAAAGCUGAAACUGAUCCCAUCUGCAACAAAGAAAGUGUCGUCCUGUGCACCUGUUCAAUGUAUUGAAGACCUUGAAAAUUUUGCUGCUUCCAGUGCAGCAUUUAAGAAGAGGCUACUUGUACCAAAUGAACAAGUUUUCAGCAGUGCUGUGUCUUCCCCAUCCUGUACUGAUGAGAGACUUAGCCCAGUCUGUAACUCUCCCUUUCAAGAACAUAACUCUUAUGGAAAGAGCUCUCUGGAAGAUAAUUCUUGGGUCUUCCCAAGCCCUCCAAAACCUAGUGAGACAAUGUUUUGGGAAAUGAAAAGUAAAAUGUCUCACUUAAACUUUUCAGAAAACAGUUUGGAUCAGUGUAACCAAAACUGCCUGCACAAGAGCUAAGAGCUUUAGGAGGAACUUGAUAGGCUCCUGUAUGCGUAAGAGGCAAAUAGCUAAUGGGAAAGAACAUGGUGACAGUGUCAUAAGUAAUCCAAGCUGGAUCUUAAUUUUUCCACUGUAGUGUGACAUUGAAAGUGGUCCAUUGAAGUCUAAGGGAUGAUGUUUGAUGUAAGGCUAGCGUACGUAAGUCGGCCCUGAUGUUUCUGAUUGCACACCUGCGAACUGCUAGAGUAUUAAACUUCUGAGUAAAACAAAAGCCGUACACUGCAGCUAACUGUGUGAAUAACUUUGCUUUGAAAUACAGUAUGUUCAGACAGUCCUUCAAGCUCUUUUUGGACAGUCUCUCCUUCUUGGGCUUCUCAGGUAAAGCAUGAAGUUGGAAUGUGAUUUAGUUUUUACCUCCAGAUCUGAACCUGGUUUUUCCAUGAUGUGUGGCAUCUUCUGAGAAGAAAACGCGAAUGGACAAAAUGAUGAUGAUGUGUGUACUAAGCCAAAUUAUUAGGAAUCCUUAUUGAGAGUGUAUAUCCACUCUAAUCAGCCUUACUGUGAAGGUUUUGAGGUAGUAGAAUCCUUUACCCUGAGAGGAACUGAGAAUCUCUUAAAAACAUGCCAGAUUCUGUGAUCUUCUCACAAAUGGCAUUCUGUAUACACUGCUGCCUCUUGAGGCCUAUCUAAAAUGCAGUGAUCACUUGGGUGCCUAAUCUGCCAGUUACCAAAACCUUCACUUUAUAAUUUCUAAGACCAAUAACUUUGCUUGGAUACAGAAACCUCCAGAUGCCUUAAUAUAAGUAGGCAGAACUUGAACCAUCCGAAAGCAUUUACUCUUUUGAUAACACAUAACUACUGUAUUACAUUCACUAGUGUCCAAUGUCCAAAACAUUAUGUCCUUGGGUAUCAAAACAGUCUCUCCUUAUUCAGAUAUUUCUAUGCUCCUUGCUGCUCUUAUCUAACCAACAUGGCUUAUACAAAGUAGUCUGGAAUUAAAUGCUAUAUUAUUGAUUAGAUAGUUUGUAGUUAAGAUCUAAUAUUAAAAUUUAUUAAUCUGUAUUAACCUCCUUUAAGGAAAGAAGAGUGGAUUUCAUCAGGGCAAGUAAAUUGACAGUUUUCUAGAAUUAGAUUUUUCUGAUUUGUCUUUAAGAUGCAGGGAGAAAAUAGCAAAUUAUCACUUUUGUAAUUCUGGGAUGGCUGGAUGAAGGCCUAGCAAUGUAAUGACAGGCUAGGCAGGUAUGUGUCAGGAUCAUUCCAGUAUUAUAAAAUCAUACCUUCUAUCAUUUUCUCCUUGUUUCUAUAUUAACAUUUCUGAUGCAUUAAUAGGGAAAAGUGACAUUUGAUCAGGGCCAAGAUAGCUUGUUUGAUAACGAUAUAUUUUUUAAAAAUCCUGCUGCAGAGAUGUGAAAAGAUAGUCCUCAACAGCAUACCCAUAUCAGUGGUGUACUGUGACAGAAAAAGACAUUUUCCUUUCCCUGCAUUGCAGUUCAAAGAUUUCAGUGCUGGCUGCUUUAUUCCUUUUCAUAUAGCCUGGAGAGAAUUUUUAUUUGUGGAGGAAGAAGAAAGGAUGCCUUCUACUGUUAGUGAAUGACAUACAUAAAUAACGUGCAUGCCAUUCACCAGAUAUUGUUUUUUAUCUCUUAUCUUGCUCACGUAUCUUGGCUUGUCUGUGAUUAAUGGAAAUGGUGUUGGAUGCUGGAAUUUAUUCUGACCAAUGAACAUAGCAGACUCAAGGGAGUACAAUCUCCUGCAGAGUAAUAGAACAGAACCCAAUAUGCAUAAAAUAAAUCCAAGUCACUAGACUUUAGCUGAUAGAACCAACUACCUGUGUAAUAACAAAGCAGCAGAAGCCAUUUCUCAUGUGGCUACAUAGCUCUGAUGUUUUUUCUCGGUGCUGCUUCCUUGGUUGCAGAGACAUGGAUGAUGAACACUCUCCAACACACCAACCCACUUAAUGUCUGAACAAUGUACUGAAGAAAUUGUCAUAUUUUUAAAUAAAUUAUUUUUGUUUGAAAAA